CUGCAACUGCUCAAUAGGUCCUAAGAGGACUGCCACUUUAGAGGCGGGAAGCGACCACGUCGCAGCAUCUUCUUUCUUUGUAUGUACUCGACGAAUGCACAAACGCCGACAAGAACAGCGCUGCAUAUAACGCAGUGCCGAUAGCUCCAAUAACGCUGUGUAGUCGAGGAUUCAUUGAAGGCUCAAUCACAGAAGCCGCGACAAUGGCAGAUCAGCUACUCGAGCAGAUCCGAGAUGCCGUCGACGGACAGAUUGACUUCCAAGGUCAGAAAUUAGCCGAUAUUCUGGCAACUGUGCUUCUUUCUAUCGUUGGCGCCAUCUCAUUCCUCGCCGGUUUCCUCCUCCAAGAUAUCGCAUUAGCCCUCAAAAUUGGUCUAGGCGGCACCGCCCUGACAUUCCUCGUUAUUGUCCCUCCGUGGCCUUUCUUCAAUAGGCACCCUGUGAACUGGCUCCCUGUUGGCGGAUCAACGAUUCCAAGCAGUCACCAAAAUCUAAUCAUAGACGAGAAAACAUUGGCGGAACGAUAGUCCGUCGAUCCCCUUGAAGUCUAUGCUAUCAAAUCGGAUGGUCAAACCGUGCCCCAAGCCCAUUUUGUCUUUAAAGAUAAGCGUAGCAGUGGAAAUCGAGAGCCUUCCGCAUUGGCCAUACCUACGUAGUCACCAAGUCUGUCACUGAGCAU